GUGACCCGCCCAGCAGCGCAGAUCAGCGGCUGACGGCUGCCUGAACCCAACGGCCACUCACUCACACAUACACAGGUGAAGAGUUACACUAGGAUCCAUCCAUAUCUUGAGGAAUAUAAUAUUUUAUUUUCCCGGUCGUGUAAAUCUCCGAAUCCCUCUGAUCUUCUGUGGAUACGAGCAGCUCAUCUACCCGCCGCUGAACAGGAGGAGGCUGAGCGAUGAAUAAGCUACGGCAGAGUUUCCGGAGAAAGAAAGACGUUUAUGUGCCAGAGUCCAGCCGGCCGCACCAGUGGCAGACAGACGAGGAGGCCGUACGCGGGGCCAAAUGCAGCUUCGCCGUCAAGUAUCUGGGGCACGUGGAGGUCGAGGAGUCUCGAGGCAUGCACAUCUGUGAAGAUGCAGUCAAGAGAUUGAAGACGGACAGAAAGUUCUUCAAGGGCUUCUUUGCAAAAGCGGGUAAGAAGGCCGUGCGAGCCGUGCUCUGGGUGUCUGCGGAUGGCCUGAGGGUCGUAGAUGACAAGACAAAGGAUCUGAUUCUGGACCAGACGAUAGAGAAGGUUUCCUUCUGUGCGCCGGAUCGUAACUUCGAGCACGCCUUCUCCUACAUCUGCAGAGACGGGACGACGCGCCGCUGGAUCUGCCACUGCUUCAUGGCCGUCAAGGAUUCGGGCGAGCGUCUGAGUCACGCGGUGGGCUGUGCGUUUGCUGCGUGUCUGGAGCGCAAGCAGAAGAGGGAGAAGGAGUGCGGGGUCACGGCCACCUUCGAUGCCAACCGCACCACCUUCACUCGCGAGGGAUCCUUCCGCGUCACCACAGCCACGGAGCAGGCCGAGCGAGAGGAGGUCAUGAGACAGCUGCAGGACGCCAAGAACGACUCUGAGGGGGUGUUGGGCGGCUCCUCUGUCGGCGUGUCUAACCCCGGGGUCACCCUCGCUGGACCCAAUGGCUCUUCAUCCUCUCCUCCUCUGCCCAUGAGCACUCUGGCCCCUCAGGAAGCCAAUCCUCACGCCAUCCCUCGACGCCACGCCACCGUGGAGGCUCUGGCUCGCCAGGGCUCGUUCAGGGCCUUCCCUGCGCUCAGUCAGAAGACCUCUCCCUUCAAACGGCAGAUGUCGCUGCGCAUGAACGAGCUGCCCUCCACCAUGCAGCGCAAGUCUGACUUCCCCAUCAGAAACACCGUGCCGGAGGUGGAGGGUGAGAGCGACAGCAUCAGCUCUCUGUGCACUCAGAUCACAUCCACCUUCAGUGGGGCUCCAGAAGACCCGUUCUCCUCCGCACCGAUGCCCAAACCCACCUCCUCCCCGCAGUCACCCUCAGCUCCAGUUAAUGGUGCAGUUCCUGCCUUCAACCCUCCUAGUGUCACUGUAAUUGCUGCAGCUAACUCACCCGUGCUGCCGCCCCCGCUGCCUGUUCGAGAGACUAACCCCUGGGCCAAGACCCCAAACACAGCCCCCACCCCAGCACACAUAGGGAGCGAGUGGGCAAAUCCCGCACCCACCGCUGGAGCCUCACCUGCUGUCAGCGCAGCUUUUCCUACACCCCCCUCCUCUCACAAACGUACACCAUCAGAAGCCGACCGUUGGCUGGAGGAGGUGACUAAGUCUGUGCGAGCCCAGCAACCCACCGUCAUCACAAGAACCAACACGCCUCCCGCUCAGCAGCCCUUCCCAGCUCCCGUGCCUGUCCCUAUGGCACCGGGCCCUUCUGCACCCUUCAUGCCAGGCAUCCCUCCAUCUGCGGUCCCUACCGUACCCCCACGCCAGCCAGCAUUCCACGCUCAGGCGCCAGCGUCCUUCCCAGUGUCCAACGGGAUCCCUUUUGUGCAACCAGCCUUUCCGGUGGUUGGCAUUACUCCUUCGCAGAUGGUGGCCAACGUGUUCGGUUCUGCCACGCAGACUCAGCCCAUCCCGGUACCUGUUCAGGUGCCCCAGGCACUUCUCCAGUCUUCACCUUUCUCCACACCACCCACAGGCCAGUUUGACACCCAGGCUGUGUGCAGCCCCUUCGGCAAACCACUCCUACCUCCGGUGACAAACGCCACAGUCCUGCAGCCACCGAAAGUCAAUGCCACAUUUAAUGGGGCUAACAGCUGGGCAGCAGUGUCAUCACCUGGGCAGUCUGUGGCAGUGCAGCAACCAGCCGAUCCCUUCGAGGCCCAGUGGGCCGCACUGGAGAGCCGCUCACAGCAACGCACCGCUCCUUCACCCACAAACCCCUUCUCCACCGAGCUCCACAAGACAUUUGAGAUCCAACUCUAAAGACAGAAAACCACAUUGAAGGACAAUGCGAUGGACGACUUUAGCCCGCAAACCACUUCAGCUCCAUGUCUCCGUCUUCGAUUUCUUUGUCUGUACAUCCGUGUCUGGUUUUUGCUUGUGACAUGAACAAAUGGAGACAAGGGGGUUAAUGAAGGUGCCCCCAGAAACGCAGCGAGUACAACUUCCGGCAUUUAUGGCGCAGUUAUGUCCAAGACGAAUAAGAGUGACAAGAUGAUGGUAAAAGAAACUUUAGAUGCUCUAACAUUGACCCCGUAAUGUUCAGUGCUCCCUCUACCCCGACUAACCCAUCUCACAGCGCCCCCUAGCAGGCUGGAUGACUGCUCUCUACCUGAAGGACGAGGCACUUCACAGACCUUCCGGGUUCACCAGGUUCUUGUAGAACUUCGCAAACAGAAAAAAGACAGAAUUGAAAAAAAGAAGAGGAAGAGGAAGAAGCAUGAGAAUGCCAAAAUCUUUAUUUUUAUGCAUUAAGUAUAUUUUAAAUAGUUUUGAAAUUUAACUGAAGAGCUGUAAAUAAUCUUUCCAAAGGUGCAGGCUUAUUUUGUGUGCAAACAGGCAUGAAGGGAUGGUUUUCAUUUCUCGUCUCUAUUAAAUUUAAAUCUUCUGGUCACCAUGCAUAGUUUGGAUGCCCAUAUUUUGUAAAUAGAUGAUCCAUUUGUAACCAGGCCGGGUUUGAGGGUCUUUAAAUCACACAGGUUCCAGACAAUGUUAUCAAUCAUGCUAUCAUUUUAACCCUUUUUUUUAUUUUAUUUUGUUUUUUUUUAACACUAUAGUAUGAGUACUUUGAUUUCUAUUGCAUACAUAUCAUUAUCAUUUUAAUUAUUUUUUUUUAUGAAUUUUAACACUAUUGACAAUGUCAUCGGUCAAGCCACUUUUAUUUUAUUCCUUUAAAAAAAGAUUUUCAUUUUAGCACAAGCACUGUUCUAAUCGAUCAUUUGGCCACUUAUGGUUCAUGGCAUUAGUGAGCUAUGAUUUCCACUUUCUUGAAAUUACCUGUGGUUUCAAAUCUACAAUGAUUGCGGUGAAUAUUUUUAUUUCCAUGCUUUUCACGCAAUCCCAUCAACCCUUUUGUUUUAUCAGACGUAAAGAUGAUUUGUCCUGUUUUUAGUUUUUGAUUCCAUUUUGUAAGUAUUGCAUUGUAUUAUUCUAAUUCUUUACGGAAAAUUGAAUCUAAAAGAUUGAAUAAAACGUUGGUGGUAGAGGAAA